AUGUUAGCCUAUCCUGUAUCCCAGUACAUACCAACAGAGGAACUGCUUGAGAAACCUGAUUUCAGUGUUACAACUAAUCCUGAAAUAGAGGAAGCUUGUCCUAUGACUUCUACCGUGGAUUUUCCAGUUUCCCUAGUUUGCGAGAAAAUGGAAACUGAUGUUGCUCAGCAGUGUACAAGAAAGAAAAAGAAAACCCUGGAAGGUGGAAGUGAUCACAACGACACAGUGGCAAUGCAAGAAGUCAACGAAAGUGAAGCAGUUAUUAAGGCUCCCUCCAAAGAACCUUUGCCUAUGUUAGCCUAUCCUGUAUCUCAGUACAUACCAACAGAGGAACUGCUUGAGAAACCUGAUAUUAGUGUUACAACUAAUCCUGAAAUAGAGGAAGCUUGUCCUAUGACUUCUACCGUGGAUUUUCCAGUUUCCCUAGUUUGCGAGAAAAUGGAAACUGAUGUUGCUCAGCAGUGUACAAGAAAGAAAAAGAAAACCCUGGAAGAUGGAAGUGAUCACAACGACACAGUGGCAAUGCAAGAAGUCAACGAAAGUGAAGCAGUUAUUAAGGCUCCCUCCAAAGAACCUUUGCCUAUGUUAGCCUAUCCUGUAUCUCAGUACAUACCAACAGAGGAACUGCUUGAGAAACCUGAUAUUAGUGUUACAACUAAUCCUGAAAUAGAGGAAGCUUGUCCUAUGACUUCUACCGUGGAUUUUCCAGUUUCCCUAGUUUGCGAGAAAAUGGAAACUGAUGUUGCUCAGCAGUGUACAAGAAAGAAAAAGAAAACCCUGGAAGAUGGAAGUGAUCACAACGACACAGUGGCAAUGCAAGAAGUCAACGAAAGUGAAGCAGUUAUUAAGGCUCCCUCCAAAGAACCUUUGCCUAUGUUAGCCUAUCCUGUAUCUCAGUACAUACCAACAGAGGAACUGCUUGAGAAACCUGAUUUCAGUGUUACAACUAAUCCUGAAAUAGAGGAAGCUUGUCCUAUGACUUCUACCGUGGAUUUUCCAGUUUCCCUAGUUUGCGAGAAAAUGGAAACUGAUGUUGCUCAGCAGUGUACAAGAAAGAAAAAGAAAACCCUGGAAGGUGGAAGGUAA